GUCUGUUUGGGCAAGUACGUUUCCGGACGACUUCUGAACUUUGUUUGCUGUUUUGAAAGAAAAAACUGACAUACUCUUCUCGAUUUCAAACAAGCUUAGCUUUUGACAAUCCAGCUGAAGUUUUUAAAUAGCUUAACUUUUGACAACCCAGUUGAAGUUUUGGCCAAACCGAUUGCAGUUGUGUUCAAGAUGGCCAGGCCAAAGAGACCAGAUGAUGGCAUUGAACAGUUCUUCUCUGCCACUGAAUUUCAAGAAAUGUCCGACUAUGAAAAGCUGAGGCUGAGAAAUAUGAAAGCCAACUAUGAAAUGAUGGUUGAAAUUGGUUUGACAAUACCCAAACCAGAGUUUAUGAAUGGUCCAUUUCGUAAGAGAAAACCUAAGUUUGUAGAGAGUGACAAUGAUGAUGAAGAGUGGAAACCUGGGUCAUCUGCGGAUAAAACAAACAGAAAAACAGUUUAUAAGAGAAAAAAGACAUUCACAGUUCCACUUAAAGGUACCCAACAACAGUCCACUUCAGUGAACUUGAUGGCAAAGACUUCCUCAUCAAGUCACACCUCACCACCAGAGCAGCCAGAGCAGGAGGCAAAACAACGAGAAGGUGAAGAUAACUUUGAUUUCCUUGGCCGUGUCACAAUCAGUGACUCUGGAAAACUCAUCCCAUGUGGAACUCAAAAUCCGGAACCUCCAAAAAGACAACCAGCUAAAAGAAAAAGAGUUGUUGACACGUCACAGAGAAAAGAGCAACGUUAUCCACGGCGUGCAGCAGCCAAGAAAUGCUACAAGGACUUGGAUGGACCUAACGAUGACAGUUUUGUGUAUUGUGAAGACUGCCAUGAGCUUUUUGAGAAUAGCUGUCCUCAACACCCUCUGACCGUCAUCGAAAACACCCCAGUCACAAAAGGAUGUAGAGAUCAUGCUAAGCGUAGUCUUCCAGAUGGACUUAUCGUCAAGGAAGCUGGUAUCAAGAAUGCUGGCCUAGGUGUUUGGGCUGAGAAGGCUUUCCCCAAAGGAGUGAGGUUUGGACAUUAUGGAGGUGAAAUUGUUGGGGAAGAGGAAGGCAGAGAAAGUGGCUAUGCUUGGGAGAUCUUUGAUCACAAUGGCAAAAGCCAUUACAUUGACGGCAAGAACCCCAGCAAAGGCAAUUGGAUGCGAUACGUGAACUGUGCAUGCAAUGAGGCAGAACAGAACCUUGUUGCCUACCAGUACUGUGGUCAGAUCUACUAUAGGAGUUUUAAGACGAUCUCACCAGGUCAGGAGCUACUAGUUUUCUAUGGUGAAGAAUACGCUUCUGAGCUUGGGAUUGUGAUGACAGAAAAUGAUGGCAAACAAUGUGCCAAAAAUGACCUGCACCCAUGUACUCGAUGUGACAAGAUCUACACAGAUUUUAAGUAUCUAGCCGGGCACAUGAAGUACUCCCAUGGAUCAUCUACUGAGUGGUACGACUACUUGAAAUCAACAAAACACUCUUUCAACAUCACAGCAUGUAAUCGCAAAGUUGCUUCUCAAGUACAGAGUUCAUUCAGAAACAUGAAAGUACCCUUUGGCUGUAACACAAAUACAAAAUUCAUGAAAAUAAGCUCAAAUGUAACUGAAUUGCAACAGUUUGCUUGCAGUCAGUGUAGCACAAAGUUCAACUCAAUAAAUGACUUGGAAGCUCAUGGAUUAACGCACAUCAACGAAGAUGAGUAG